GAUCUCCAGUAAAUGUUAUGCAAAAUUCCCAUGACCAUGUCAAUGACCACAUCCCUCACCAUUCCCUUGACCACUUCCAUGGCCGCUACCCUGACCCUGGCCGCUUCCCUGACCGCUGCCCUGGCCCUGACCACUUCCCUGACCGCUUCCCUGGCCCUGGCCGCUUCCCUGGCCAUAACCGCUUCCCUGACCACUUCCCUGGCCCUGGCCGCUACCCUGGCCACUGCCCUGACCGCUACCCUGGCCGCUACCCUGGCCAUAACCGCUUCCCUGGCCCCGGCCGCUGCCCUGACCGCUACCCUGGCCGCUGCCCUGACUGCUACCCUGGUCCUGGCCGCUUCCCUGGCCAUAACCGCUUCCAUGGCCGUUACCCUGACCCUGGCCGCUUUCCUGACCAUGGCCGCUUCCCUGGCCAUAACCGCUUCCAUGGCCGUUACCCUGACCCUGGCCGCUUUCCUGACCAUGGCCGCUUCCCUGGCCAUAACCGCUUCCCUGGCCAAUCACAAACCUGAGGCUUGUACCCUCAA